CCACGGCUGAACUCCACAGGCGCCCCCCCAGGCACUCCAUACACCCCGCCGGCGCGGAGACUCCGCCCCUGCCGGCGCCGGGCGGUGCGGGGCCGCCUUGGCAACAGCUGGCGGCGGCAAGAUGGCGGACGACUUGGACCGGUUACUGGAUGAAGUGGAGAAGCGGCUUUACCGCCUGCCGGGGCCGAAGGCGGCGGGCCGCCACCGGCACGGCGACAGCGAGGAGGAGGGGGCGGCGGCGGCGGGCAGAUCAGCUAAACUGUUCAUGAGUGCUGGCAGCAGUGAAGAAGAUAUAGAUGACAUUAUUGAUGAAAUCUGUAAUGACAGCAGCUUUGCCAAAACACCUCUGAAAUUGAAGUCCAACUCUGUAAGUCUCACACCUGAAAGUAAUAGUGCUGUUGUACAGGCUCAUAGGAAAAGAUGCUGUCCAGUGUACCUGGGUGGAAGCUCUUCACCAUAUGGCAUAGGAACAAAUAUUUCAAAAAGAACAUGUGAUCAACUACGUUGUACUGCUUGCGACUUCCGUGUGUCACUUUUCAAUGACUACAUCUGGGAUCAGUCCUGUGAUUAUCUUUUUUUCAGGAAUAAUAUGCCUGAGAUCAGUAAACUAAGAGUGAAGAUGAUAAAGAAGAAAGGAGCACGAGCAUAUGCUUGUCAGUGCAGCUGGAGAUCCAUUGAUGAAUUAACUGACCUCCAAACAGACCAGCAGCUUCGGUGGGUUUGUGGUAAACAUGCAGAAUGAAGUCCUCUUGUGUGUGGUACCUACCUGUGUGGAAACAGGUCAUAAACUCAAUUUGUUUCCCAUGCAGUUUUCUGAAAACAGAUGGAAACCUGAAUACUUAUAUCUAGAAAUAGAUUACAACACCCAGACUUUGACCUGAAAACUUUUUUUUCAAUUUAACUGUCUUGCAAACAAUAUGAGGAGUUGAAUUAUUAGAAGAAACAAUGACUUUGGAGGCUUUCUGGAAGCUAAAUGAGGUUAAAGCUCAUACUCAGUAGUGUUAAAGAAAGGAAGAGGAAAUUGACAGAUUUAGGCAUGGGGCAAAGCACCUUGAAACUGUUCCUCAUAUGUAGCAGAGAGCAUUCUUUCUGCAAAGUCUUGGACUCAAAAUGAUGGGUUGGGAUGCAGCCAUGACACACAAGUGUAUCAAUUUCUGCACGGAAAUUAAUACUGCUGCUCUGCUUUGUUCAUAGCUGUUAAUGAGCAAGUGGUUGUAGAUCUCUUAAAAAAUUACUGUGAGAUCAGCUCUCACCUGGAAUGUUUCAGCAUACCCCAAAACUUUCUUUUACCCACCAGUAGCCAAAAACUGCAGGUGCUGGAAAUUUCCUUCCAGUUCCUACUGCUUUCUUCAAAGCACUUUCUGCUGACUAAAGACUUCUACCACAGUGAAUUUCUUGGACUUCCCCUCAGCCUUCACUGCAAGAGGUGAACAAGUUACUGUGCAAUUAUUAAAUAUUGUGAAAUUUUGAAGAGAUUCUGAAGAAUUUAUGACUCUUCUAUCAAUAUUUUCAGGGGGAAAAAGGCUCAGACUUUUAAGAGUGAGAAAAUAUAUAUCCCAACGGACAUUCAAAUUCGGAUUUUUUUCAGUUUCACUUAGCUUUCACUUCAGCUUUACUUCAGUAUUUUUACUACAUAUUCAGAAAGUGUAACUGUCCUGUUUCAACACCCUCCUUUCCCCCAGUAACAUCGUAAAACUACUUCCAGUAUCAUGUUACUUGGUGAAUUGUCUUGAUUACACUUAAUGUCAUUACAGUUUAUGACCUCUUUCUUUUCAUUAUGUAUGAAUAACACAGGAGAUGGAUUUGGGGCUUGGGCGGGCAGAGAGGAAGGAAAGGAUUACCAGUCCUGGCAAUUGCUACAUUGAAAAGUGUCUCAAAAUGGGAAGUCUGUCAGUAUUUUUGCUAUGCAGUAUGUGAUACUGUACAGAUAAGUUCAAAAUUACUUACUUUGUGCAAUUCUAUACAGAGCCAUUUCUUUUUUUGUGAAGUUUUACUCAUGGCCCUACUCUGUACACUGUCAAUCUGUUCUUUUUCUGAGCUUUUCCAAAACAAUUGCAUGGUCUUUCUUACAGAAGUCAUCUCUCUGAUCUGUCACUUUGUCUGUACCCCUCUGAAAGAGCCGAUCAUAGUAGUGGCCAGAGGCAUAAGGUACUCUGCAUCCUUCUCACCUUCCCCCUCUGUGAGUGUGUUUUUAGAACCUGCAGAGGACCAGCAGUGUGCCUGGGAGGCCUGGCAGUGCUUACGUACGCAGUGCUUCGGUGCUCUAGACUGUGUGUUCCAGUGCCACGUGUGGCCUUCCUAGAAGGUUCAGAGGUGAAUUGGCUUUGGCGAGGUACUACUUGGCGUAAUGGUAUAGACAUAUUUAGGGUCAUGUAUUGUUUUCAAUGCAAUUGGUGUUUCAGGCUGUAGUUUCAACUGCUGGUGUCUGCAGGUUCAGGAGACAGAGGGAGCCAGAGACAAAUUUAUUAAUGCUCAAUCAGCUGCUGGAAGUGGUCUGCUUGCUUUUCUGUCCUUUGUGAAGAGAUAACUGCCCUGUGGACUGUAAGCAGUGAGUGUUCCUGGGUUUUCUUCAGGUGGGCCUGAGGAAUUUCCAUUCCCAGAGAACAUCAGUGCUAAUAGUAAGAGAAGAACCCAGCAGUAGUGUGUAAUUUAUUAACAAGCUCUAGAGAGGAAAAAAACCUACUUUCCAUUAUUCUUCUUCUUGAAGAAGAACGCAUUUCAAAAAGUGCUGCAUUGCCUUGGCUUGCCUGUUCCAAGGCCAUUUCAAGCUGGUGACCAAGUAGACCCACAGGAUGCUCUUUUGGCCUGGAUUUGCACUGGAAUUUGUGCCACAAUGUAGGGAACAAGUUGGGCUUGCAACUUGUGAGCAGGAAGCAGGGAAAAUCCUAACACCCUUCUCAGUUCGUGAAACCACGUCUUAUGUGACUUGGAAAAGGAGCAUGUCUCCUGUACCCUGUUUUAAACAAACAAACAGAAAUAGUCACCCUCUCUAGAACAGUUUGCACUACCAAGUGUGGGGAGCAGUCAUGCAGAAACAAAAAUUCAAGACAUCCAUUCUAGUUAUUUUUAUGACAAGAAGACCGCCUGCAACACUUGAAAAGGGUAGGAAGGAAUUGAGACAAAAGGACUAAGAGUGUAGGGGAAGUAAAAAGGAUUAACACUUCUGGGAGGAAUACAAAGAAAUUGUCUGAGCAGCCAGGGAUCAGGUUGGCAAAGCUAAAUCCCUGAUAGAAUUAAAUCUGGCCAGGCAUGUUAAGGACAACAAGAAAAGCUUCUAUAGGUAUGUCAGUCAUAAAAGGAAGACUAGGGGAAAUGUGGACCCUCUCUGGAAGGAAAUGGGAGACCUGGUUACCCAGGAUAUGGAGGAGGCUGAGGUACUCAACAACUUUUUUGCCUCAGUCUUCACCGACAAGGGCUGUAGCCACACCACCCAAGUCGCAGAAGGCAAAGGCAGGGACUGGGAGAAUGAAGAACUGCCCAUCGUAGGAGAAGAUCAGGUUUCAAACCAUCUAAGGAACCUGAAGGUGCACAAGUCUGUGGGACCUGAUGAGAUGCAUCCACGAGUCCUGAAGGAACUGGUGGAUGAAGUUGCUAAGCCACUAUCCAUCAUAUUUGAGAAGUCGUGGCAGUCCGGUGAAGUUCCCACUGGCUAGAAAAGGGGAAACAUAACCCCCCGUUUUUAAAAAGGGAAAAAAGGAAGACCUGGGGACUUACAGACUGGUCAGUCUCACCUCUGUGCCUGGCAAGAUUACGGAGCAGAUCCUCCUCAAACUAUGCUCAGGCACAUGGAAAGUAAGGAGGUGAUUGGUGACAGCCAACAUGGCUUCACUAAGGGCAAAUCAUGCCUGACAAAUUUAGGGGCCUUCUGUGAUGGGGUUACAGCGUUGGUGGAUAAGGGAAGAGCAACUGACAGCAUCUACCUGGACUUGUGCAUUUGACACUGUCCCACACGACAUCCUUGUCUCUAAAUUGGAGAGGCAUGGAUUCGAUGGAUGGACCACUCAGUGGAUAAGGAAUUGGCUGGAUGGUUGCACUCAGAGAGUUGUGGUCAAUGGCUCGACGUCCCGGGGAGACCAGUGACAAGUGGCAUUCCUCAGGGGUCAGUAUUGGGAGCGGCACUGUUUAAUAUCUGUUGGCGACAUGGACAGUGAGAUCGAGUGCACCCUCAGCAAGUUUGCCAACACCACCAAGCUGUGUGGUGUGGUCGACACACUGGAGGGAAGGGAUGCCAUCCAGAGGGACCUUGACAGGCUGGAGAGGUGGGCCCAUGUGAACUGCAUGAAGCUCAACAAGGCCAAGUGCAAGGUCCUGCACAUGGGUCGGGGCAAUCCCAAGCACAACUACAAGCUGGGUGAAAAAUGAAUUGAGAGCAUCCCUGAGGAGAAGGACUUGGGGAUGUUGGUGGAUGAGAAGCUCAACAUGAGCUAGCAGUGUGCACUUGCAGCCCAGGAAGCCAACCGUGUCCCGAGCUGCAUCAAAACCAGCGUGACCAGCAGGUCAAGGGAGGUGAUUCUGCCCCUCUGCUCCGCUCUUGUGAGACCCCACCUGCAGUACUGCAUCCAGCUCUGGGGUCCCCAACACAAAAAGGACAUGGACCUGUUGGAGCAAGUCCAGAGGAGGGUCACGAAGAUGCUCAGAGGGCUGGAGCACCUCUCCUGUGAGGACAGGCUGAGAGAGUUGGGAUUGUUCAGCCUUGAGAAGAGAAGGCUGUGGGGAGACCUUACAGCAGCCUUCCAGUACCUGAAGGGGCCUACAGGAAAGCUGGAGAGGGGCUGUUUACAAGGGCAUGGAGUGAUAGGACAAGGGGUAAUGGCUUUAAGCUGAAGGAGGGGAGAUUUAGAUUAGAUAUUAGGAAUAAAUUCUUCACUGUGAGGCACUGGCACAGGUUGCCCAGAGAGGUUGUGGAUGCCCCCUCUCUGGAAGUGUUCAAGGCCAGGUUGGAUGGGGCUUUGGGCAACCUGGUCUAGUGGAGGGUGUCCUUGCCCAUGGCAGGGGGGUUGGAGCUAGAUGCUCUUUGAGGUCCCUUCCAACCCAAACCAUUCUAUGAUUCUAUAAUAUCUGUUGACAACAUUAGUCAGCAUUUCUGCUAGGUCACUUCAUCCCUCGGUCUUCUGUUAGCCUGGAGAGUUGUAGAAAUAGAGUUCUCUUUCUGGGUAGAGAUUAUUGUCAGGUGAUUGUAUCACUAAUGCCAUUAAGACUGUACUCCAAGCACUGAAAAUGUUAGCAGAUAAUCUUCAUUGGUAAAUUUAUGUGGAAACGUGAGCAUUCCCCUGAAAUCAUCAUGUUUAUUCAAGUGUAGUUACUUGUUUCUGGCCUUGAUCAGAAUGGUGGGAUAAGACAGCUCUUUGUCCCGGUGAACUUUUAAACAGGUGCAGAAAUAGUGCUUCUUGUAUUGGUUUUCAUUACAGAAUUUAGCAUCUUUCUAGAUCUGAGAAUACUUUCUAUGUCAUUAAAUAUAACUAUUUUGUUGGAAAGAGAAGUGGUAGGAACUGUUUGACUUCCCUUCCUUUGCUUUCUUCAGUUACAUGUUACAAACCACUCCAAAGUUCUCAAAUGAAAAGAUUGUAAAUAAAGGUAAAAUUAGAGCUUGAAUGUUCAUUUGAUGAAGAUACAGCACAAGAUUUUCAAGAUGUAGCCCAGCCCCUAAGUGAUACUUCCGUGUCAGUUAUCUGAGAUAGCAGGGAUUAUGUAAAGAAUUUUGUUUAAGAAUGCCACUCAGCUGUUGCCAAACGGAAGUACUGGAGAGCAGUUUUGCCAAGUAUAAAUGUGACCAUUGUUUUCCUCCAGUGUUUUGCUUUGGAAGUAAUAAUACCAUUUCUGUUUGUGAAAUGGGCAAGGUGAAAACUUGAGACUGUCAUUUUGCUUAGGUGAUAUGCUUGGAAAUUUUCUAGCCUGCGGCAUUAGUCUGCAGCAGGUCCCUCAACAGAACAAAAGCAAUGAAGCAUGAUUAAAUGAGAAUCCACGCCAAAGCAUUCACUUAGAACUGUAGUCAGUGAUUUAAUGUCAUACCAGCUUUUCUAAAUCUGUGUUCCUGCAGCACUUCUAGAUAGGAAUCCAAUUCAGAGGUAUGUAGUACAUUUUAAUAGCUUUUCUUAAUCAAAUUUUAAUGUGCUGUUCUGACUAUAUCUCCCUUGUUUUCCCUGCAAACUAUAGAGGGUGUCCAACCCAGAUGCUGAAUAUAGCUUAGAAGAGGAAUUAUUAAGGAUCUUGCCCUGCCAUAAAAUUUAACUUACAGAAGCAUAAUAGCAUUACAUAUUGCAAGCUAUGUGCUGUAUAAAGUUGAAUAAAGAUUUUUUUUUUUUUCUGAGCACCCAUUUCAGCUUUGUACUGGAGGUAUUCUGCAAAUGCUAGGCACUGCAAGCUCCCACUUGUUGCAAGACUGCUCGCUUCUCUUGUUUCCUGACAUGUGAGUCUUUGGGUCAUGUAACCAGCACACGUGGUAGUCACACAAUAGGAGAGGGACUGUGUUGGGAGCUGCGUAGGCAAAUUUUUUCUUCCUGCCUGGUUCUUUUUGCCCAGGACCUGACCAGUUUUGUCUGUUUUGUGACACCAGAUAACGGCAGGCCAACCUGUGGGGGAUGGAGUAAAGCAGUGCAGGUGCUGCCUGUUUGUGAGGGCCCAUGUGCUGCCUGGCAUUUGGCAUGUGUGCUUCCAGGAAAGUGCUUUUCAAAUGUUGACUCUUCAAUAAAAUGAAAAGUUG